UAACAUCACGAUACAUAGAAGGAGAAAGUCUAUCUUGCAAAACACCGGCAAAGCUAUUUUCCGCUGCACCUGCGCUUGCCCUUGGUUUUUUGCGGCUCAGAUCGCCGCGAUGGGGAGCGAAGACAAGGACUUCAAGGACCCAGUCAAGCAUCUAGCGGACAGCUUGCGAGAGAAGAAGGGUGUUCAGUGGGCAACUGCCAAGCUAGAGGCAUAUGAUGGCGAUGGGACAUACGUGGAGUAUUUCCGUGGGAAGGACUUUGCGCGUUACUUCCGGGCAAAUCCGGAGAAGCUCAACCUGCACGUGCCGCCGAAGCCGGGCAAGACUGUGGACGACCAGAUCGCUGAGCUGAUGGUUCUGUUUAUGAAGCGGAAGCUCGUUAAGAAGACGGAACGCAAGUACAAGAAGCCCAAGCCCGGGAAGAAGCGGCUGGUGAAGUUCCCGCGGACGCUGGUGCCGCACCCGGACGCCAACGGCUUCACGGAGGGCGCCUUCUACAUGUGGACGUACGACCGGCCCACGUCCAUGUGGUACUACGCCGCCACCAUCGCGCUGCCCGUCAUCGUCAUCGCGGCCUGCCUGUUCCCGCUGGCGCCCUGGUGGGCUCGCAUGACGCUGGUGUACUUCCUGAUGGCGGUGCUGGCGCUGCUGCUGGGCAUCAUCGCGGUGCGCUACACGCUGUUCGCCGCGGUGUGGAUUGCCACCGGGCACUCCUUCUGGCUCUUCCCCAACCUCAUGUCGGACGAGGUGGGCGUGUUGGACGCGUUCAGCCCCGUCAUGUCGUACGAGCGGCCCAAGAAGGGCAGCCGCAGCCAGCUGGCGGCGCGGGUGCUGAGCCUGCUGCUGGCGGCGGGCGUGGUGUACGUGCUGUACACGCACUCGCCGGACGCGGAGUCACUCAAGGCGGGCGCCAAGGAGGCGCACGACUCCAUACUCGACUAUCUGGACGUCUACGGCAAGGGGAAAAUGGGGAUCACCGGAAACAACUCCGCGGCGGCUGGGCCAGGGCCGGGCGCUGCGGCGGGCGGCGCGACGGCGGGUGCUGGCGCGGGCGCGGGCGCGCAGGCUGGGACUUACAGCGGCGCGGGUAGCGCCAAGCAGGACUUGUAGGCGCAACAGGGAGCAGUACGUAAGCAGGCGGCGUGUGAAGGCGCAUGGGACGCAUGGAGACUUUAGAUUGCGAAUAUGUGACAGGGCAAUCUCCUCCAUAGCGCACUCCGCCCAGUGCUGAAGAUGCAUGCACGGAUUUAAAGGGUGCAUGGCGCCGCGUCCCUUCAACUUCCGACGGCGGGGGUGACCUGGGGCGGAGCUGCUCUCGCAGAUGGCGGGGCAGAGCCCCGCUGUGGCAGCCGUAGAAGGAUGGUGCGCAGUGGUGGCGGUAAUUGUCACAGGCCUGGCAGCAGGCGGCGACAGGAGUGCAGUGAGUGACUCGCAACGUGAGGGAUGUGCAGCAGGGUGCGGGAGUGUGUGUUGCUGAGAGAGGUGUGCUGGUGCGGCGCGCUACGUCUCAAACUCUCUGUCUUCUCACGUGAUCUAGAUGUCCAUGCGGAGUCGACCGAGGGUCAGUUGCCUGGUCGAGGCAUCAUCGCUCAGAGGUGUGAAAGGCGACAAGGCGCAUUGGCCGCCACGCCCGGCACCUUUUUUUACGUCGUGGAAUUAUGUUUU